UUGGCCAUCACCAGGGGCGGACUGACAACUCAUGGGGGCCCCCGGGCAAUAGGGGAUCAUGGGGCCCCUGUGUCCUUGCCCAAACUCAAAAAAGCCUAUGAAAAAGGUACAUGGGGCAUCUCCUGGGGCCCCCUACUGACCACGGGCCCUCGGGCAGUGCCCGAGUUUCCAAAUGGUCAGUCCGCCCCUGGCCAUCACUCAGGUGAGGAGCAGGGACCCAUACAGGGUAUCACUUGAAUUCCCAAAUUGCUCACUAGCGC